AUGGAUACAACUAAGGGAAUAAGUUCAUAUUUUAUUCUAGUUUCAUCAGUUCUGAAUGGAUCAGUUCCAGGUGUCUGUGCAACUUGCCACAUUCAUGCUACAUGUCAUCAAACUGAAGGAAAAAGUGUCUGCAUCUGUAACUAUGGAUUUGUAGGCAAUGGAAGAACCCAUUGUCAAGAUAAAGAUGAAUGCCAGAUUGGAGCCAGCAAGAUCUGUGGAAAUCAUACACUGUGUCAUAAUACACACGGAAGUUUUUACUGUGUUUGCCUUGAUGGAUACCGAGCCUCCAACAACGACAAGACAUUUAUUCCCAAUGAUGGCACGAACUGUACAGAUAUAGAUGAGUGUGAGGAGUCUGGGCUGUGUGGUCGCAAUGCAAGAUGCGUGAAUACCGAAGGAAGCUACAAGUGUUACUGCAAUGAUGGUUAUAAAUUAGAAAAUGGAGAGCAUUCUUUUCAUCCAGAUGGGAACAUAGUUUCAUGCAAAGAAAUUGGAUGUGGGUCCCCUCCUGAAAUGAAGCACGGCUACAUUGUGGGGAACUACAGCUUGCUACUAGGAAGUGCGGUUCACUAUGAAUGUAAAGAAGGGUUUUACAGCAACGAGGGAAAGUUCUCAUAUUGCACUGCAAAUCAAACUUGGGAACCUGCCACUUUAAGCUGUGAAGGUGUGGAUUGUGGGGUGCCACCUACUGUUUUAAAUGCACAUCCAGCAUCUGUAAGUGGGACCACGUACGGAAGUGAAGUUACUUACAACUGCGUUCCUGGUUACUAUAUUGCAAGUGGCAACCAGACUGCAGUCUGCAAUGCCAAAGGACAGUGGGAUGUUACUGAUUUGGUGUGCAAAGAAAUAGACUGUGGCAAACCUUUGGUGAUUCCACACACAGAAAUGAUCUGGCACAACUCUACCACUCUAUGGAGCAGAGUGUACUAUCGAUGUAAAGAAGGAUAUUAUUUUAAUGGAGACAGGAAUUUUUCAGAAUGCACAAUAGAUCAGUCAUGGGAGAAUAUUACAUACGUAUGCAAAGAGGAGGAAUUAUUCAGUAAUUUGUCCAUAUUCAAUGAAACGUGUGUGAAGUGGCAAAGGAGAACUGGAAGACCGGGAGUGCAAGAAGCGUACACAUUUCACAUACUGGGUCAAAGAUGGCAUGAGAAGACGUUCUCAGAAGAUGCGAUAUUUAACAUCACUACAAGUGAAGAUAAUCCAAAGGUGUGUUUAGAUCUCAACCCUGGCAGUAACUACGUGGUCAAUAUUACUACCACCUCUUCCACAAACGUCACUGUCUCAGUUACAGUAGCAGUUCAAACAAAGGUAAAGGAAGCUUUCAAUAAUAUAUUAAUUUUUAAUGAUACCUGCUUGAAAUGGAGGAGAAAUGUCAGGGGAACUGAUGUGGAAGACAAAUACUCAUUUCAUGUGCAAGGCCAGCGUUGGUAUCAGAAGGAGUUCUUUCAUGAAAUGACCUUCAACCUUACCACCCACAAGCAGGCUCCAGAAGUUUGUUUUGAUUUGCAGCCAGGCACCAAUUACUCUGUUAAUAUUUCCAUGGUAGCUUUGAAUUUUUCACUGCUCGUUUCCAUGACAACGCAAAUCACAG